CGCUAGGGGCGGGGCAAGCGCGCACCCGGAAGUCCAGGAGGGGCGGGUGUGACGUACGUCCGGCGAGUAGCUGGCGGUCCGGGGUGCUGCUGGUCUGUGAGCUUGAGGAGGGUCCAAGCCGCCCGCUGCCGCUGAAGGAGCCCUUCGGGCUGUACUAAGCAUUAACGAUGUCUUUCAUCUUUGAGUGGAUCUACAAUGGCUUCAGCAGUGUGCUCCAGUUCCUAGGGCUCUACAAGAAAUCUGGUAAACUUGUAUUCUUGGGUUUAGACAAUGCAGGCAAAACUACUCUUCUUCAUAUGCUCAAAGAUGACAGACUGGGCCAACAUGUUCCAACUCUACAUCCGACAUCAGAAGAGCUGACAAUCGCUGGAAUGACGUUUACCACUUUUGAUCUUGGCGGACAUGAGCAGGCUCGUCGAGUUUGGAAAAAUUACCUCCCCGCAAUUAAUGGGAUUGUCUUCCUGGUGGACUGUGCAGAUCAUUCUCGUCUCAUGGAAUCCAAAGUUGAGCUUAAUGGGUUAAUGACUGAUGAAACAAUAUCCAAUGUGCCAAUCCUUAUCUUGGGAAAUAAAAUCGACAGAACAGAUGCAAUCAGUGAAGAAAAACUCCGUGAGAUAUUUGGACUUUAUGGGCAGACUACAGGAAAGGGCAACGUGACUCUGAAGGAGCUGAAUGCCCGCCCCAUGGAAGUGUUCAUGUGCAGUGUGCUCAAGAGGCAAGGCUACGGCGAGGGCUUCCGCUGGCUUUCCCAGUACAUUGACUGAUGUUGGGACAGUGAAAAUAAAAGAGUUUUACUCCUCUGGACUGAUCCUAUUCACAGCUUCCUCAUGAACUUUUCUAAUAGAACAAGGAAAGCUCUCCAACCAUGUCUGGCGUUGAGAAGCCAAGAGUCUGUCAACUCUCAUUGCCCAGUGGUGACAUGUGCUCUUCUCCACACUGUCGGGAGGUAACACUGCCCACGUGCUGGUGCAGGUCAGUAUCCCAGGACGCGGAAGCUGGCAGGAUUUGCCAGGUAAAGCUGUGUGCCAUCAUGGGACACCUGAGAAGAAAAACACGUCUCACCACUGUGGUUGAUUUCAAAAGAAAGUGAUUCUAUUUUUUAAAGAAAGCAUUGUUAAUAUAAUUGGUAACCCUCCCAACUUUUUGAGUUACAAUUUACUUGGUCCAGAGUUUUCUAUUUUUUUUUUUUAACUAGUUAAUGGCAUUUAGAUAUCUCAUGAAAUUAUGAACAGAUGCACAUUGAAGGCCAGAGCUCAGAGAGUAAACUUACUCCUGCUGAGUUAGCAGGUCACUGAGAGAAGCUCCCCUGAGCUCCCUGUCUCUGUAACUGUCUUGUAGGAGGUGGCGUCAGCUUGGCAUGGAGAGCUAGGGAGGGGACAGAGUCCUGGCCUCGUGGUUGUGGCAGGUAUCACUGUGGUCAGCUGGAGUUGUUCCUUAUCACGGAGUGAGUAAGCAAAAUGUUCACUGUGGAGGAGUUAACUAUAAAGGGGUUAUUGUUAUAUUAUUUUUGCUUAUAAAGUUACAAAUUUCAGCCCGUCCUUCCUUUUAUAUUGUGAAAUUUCAUUUUUUUUUUUUCACUAGCAUCUUCUUUUUUCAUUUUUAGUUAAUAAAAAGUGACUGGUCUGGAGAGAGUUGGAGAUAUCUUCCAUGUAGUUGUGUGCUACAAAUGUGCCUUGGUUGCCAUCAUACAGGUCAGGGGGGCGGGCAUUCUGAAUAGGAGGGCACAGGACAGCGAUCAACUCGUGAGGGUGUGAACAUCUGGUGGUUUGGCACUUUUGUAAACUAGGAAAGACGCUGUUAAUGAGCUUUCAAGUUCUACCUACAGAAUUGAUUUCUCUCUUGGGCUGUUCAUGAACUCUCUCUUUCUUACAUCUUUUCCUCCUUAUUGGUUAUCUGUUUUGUUGGUGUUUAAAGUAAAGGUCAACAUCUGCUGCUUUUCCAGAUUUUUUCUUUGUGGUAUGAAAGAGUCCUUACUCCUUCCAGAAGGAAGCUGGGGAAAACAUGAGUGCAAGAACUUUGUACGGAGCUCUUCUCUUGAGGUCGGGUCCCUGAUGGCUGUGAUCACCCAGUUUGAAAGCAGCAGCCCCAGGAGGACCACAAGCAUUAUUUUUCUAGCAUUCCAUUUUCAUGGUGCCACUCUUGAGAUUGGGUAUUUAUGGUCUUAACUGAUACUCUACACUGGUAGGAGAGAUGAAAGACUAGGAGCUGGCUUAAGAUAAGUAUCUUCAUUGGUUUUCCCUUUAAUAAAAAGUUAAAGGUAGGUUCCUCAAAAUUGAAAAUUGUGAUGAUGCUUCUUGCUAGAGGACUGAACUCAGUUCAGAGGCUUCCUGCUUCCAGGGGGAGGGCAGGGACUGUAGGCAACACAUUUCUGGUUGGACCUCUUGUGUACUGACCUGGUGGGGAAGCGCUCUGCUCAGCGUCAAGUACACAAUAGAGAGGCUCAGUGAGGUUCCAGCCUGGGAAGGGCAUGCAUUGCAUUGAUAGUGAGCACAGGUGGAUUAGGAUGUGAUUGCUGAUUUGGAAGGAAUAAAGCCUUGAGUGAACAAAUCUAGCUAACAGUGGAUGAACCUAGGAGUUAACGAGCAGGGUUUUGUUUUGUUUUGUUUUUUGGCUAAAAGUUGCCCUCCUCUCUGUCCAAGGACAUGAGAGAUUGCUUCAGUGUUAGUUUUCGUUAUUUUUUUCUGCUUGCCCCUAGUCACUUUGUAAUGAGCUACGAAACUGUGGGCUCUAAGUAGUGCAGCUUUUUAUGAAAGUGGUUUACAUUGGCCACCGGAGAAAGGGGAUUGAAAAGUCGCGUUGCACCAGUCUGUCUUUUCCCCACAGAACACCACUGGUACUGUAAGGAAGCUGGAAGAGGCUGGCGUGAGGAGCUUAGCUCCGGGCAGAGGCGCGCGGCCUCGGACAGGAACUCCCAUGAAUUGAGACUUCUCAUUCUGUUUUAUCAGAGUGCACAUAUGUCCUAUUUCAGGAAAAGUAAAACAGUCAUUUACAAAUCAGUCUGUAUCCUAAGCAUUUUAAUAAAAACUUAAAAAACAAA